AUGGUGGUGGAGGAGGAGGAGGAGAGGGAGGUGGCGUGGACGAUAAGGAAGGUGUUGACGAAGAGCGACACCAACGACUGCUCGAGGCUGUUGAUAGCAAACGACUUGGCGCGGCAGCACGUGUUUCCGUACCUGACGGCGGAGGCGGCGGAGAGGGUGGAGAGCGGCGGGUGCAAGGCGGAGGGGGCGGCGGACGUGGUGGUUUGGGACGUGGACACGGGUUCGGAGCACCGGCUGCAGUUCCGGAGGUGGAACUCGACCCGGGGCUACGUGUUCAACAAUGAGUGGACGGGAGGGUUUGUGAGGAGGAGGGAGCUCAAGGAAGGUGACGAGGUUGGUCUCUGCUUUGACGGCCGACGUGGACGGUUCGUCUUCUCCGUUCUUAAGCGAGCAGCAAAUUGA